AAGACCUCAAGUCCUCCACCUCUAGCCAUGUGGAUGCAGAAGUCCGUCGGGGGCGGCGGCUCCUCCAGCUUCUCGUCGAGCGGCAACUUCCACGACCGCAACCGCUUCGGCUCCCCGUACGGCCAGGGCGGAUCCUACGGCGGAGGAGGCGCCAGCAGCGCCGCGCACGACGCCGGCGACUGGAAGAGCAAGAUCCUGGAGAGCGGCCAGUGGCUCGGCGGCAAGGUCAUCGAGUACGGCGGCAAGCUGGCGCGCGGGCCCAACUCGGACGCCAUCCCGGAGCACUACGCGCAGCAGAUGCCGCGCAAUGACGGUCGCGCCAACUGGAUGGCGAAUAUCCGCAGUUCGUCGUCGUCCUACUCGGGCGGAGGCGGCGCUGGGGGCUACAACGCCGGCUACAAUGGCAGCGGAGGGGGUUACCAGAAUGACUUUGCCACGGAGAGGCCCAAGGCCUACUCGGACUACACGAGCAACGCGUCCAAGGCGUACGAGCCCAAGAGUCUGAGCUCGACGGACCACCACCACCACCACGGCAAGAGUCGCCACGCUAAGAAGAAGAGCGACUCGAAGAAGAGUAAGAAGAGCAGCAAGAAGAGCAAGAAGAAGCAGCAGAGCGAGAAUGAGUCGGAAAGCGACGCGUCGCAGCAGAGCGAGAGUGAGGAGCUGUCGAUUUCCGAGUCUUCCGAGACGGAGUCGGCGGAUGAACGACGUCACAAGAGCAAGGCCAAGGCAAAGAAGAAGAGCAAGAGCAAGAAGCAAAGCGGAUUCUACUCGGAGGAGAGCGAGAGCGACGAGGAGGACAGGAAAAAGGCUCCGGCCAACUAUUCGUACUCCUUCGACCCGGCCAAGCUGCCGCCCCCGCCUGUCGAGGAAGAGAAGGAGACGUCCAAGAAGUCCAAGUCCAAGUCGAAGAAGAGCAAGAAGGAGAAAUCCGGCAAGAAGUCGCGAACACGGCGGCAGUCGAUGGCGUCGACGGAUGACGAGUCAACCUCGGAGCAGGAGAGCAGUCGCAAGGCGAAGAAGCGCGGAAGCAAGAAGGCGACUGCGGCCGCGGCUGCUAGCAGCGCGAGUGUCGAUCUGUUGGGCGUGGAUCUGGAUGUGCAGCCUGCGGCCCAGCCCGCCAGUGCUGCUCAGGAGAUGCAGCCUUCGAUCUUCGAUGCGCCGCAGAGCCAAAACCCUCUGCAGGAUCUUGCGGGUCUGAGCUUCGCACCUGCUCCCGUCCAAGCUCAUGCCCCUGUGCAGCAGUCUGUAUUCGACGGCAGCUCUCAAGCCCCAGCUUCUAAUGUGGCAGCUCAGUCGCAGCAGCAAGCGGAUGCGUUCCGCACAAACCUCCUGCCGGAGAACAACAUCGUAGACUUUGACUCUCUGGCGAGCGAGAAGAAGAAGACCCUGUCCGCCAACCCGGAGGAGAAGCGGACACUGAACGACUUGCAGAAGGCUCGCGGCGCUGAUCAGCCCACGCCUGUGAUGGCCAUGCCGAUGCAGGGACAGCAGCAGAUGCAGCCGAACAUGAUGCAGCUGAGCAUGAACAUGAACCAGCUUCAGCUCACCGACGGCUCGACGGGCAUGCAGCAGCAAAUGUAUCCGAACAUGCAGAUGCCGAUGCAAGGAAUGAGCCAGCACCAGAUGCAGCCUGGAAUGAUGAUGCAUCCGCAGAUGAGCAUGAUGGCGCAGCCCCAGAUGAUGAACAUGCAAAUGAUGCAGCAGCAGUUCGCGCAAGGCGGCGCGUCCAUGGGCCAGUCGGCAGGAGCGCAGCCUUCGCAGGCCAUGAUGAGCGGAGCGUCUUCCUCCAACAGCUCAGAUCCGUUCCACCAGCUCCCGUAAAUGUGAACAUGACGUGGGAUGAAAGCCAAGUUGACUAGCUACAGCUUUGUGUCUUGUC